GGUGUUAGAUGAGAGCCUGGUGGUGCACGUGGAGUUUGAACAUGUGGUGGUGUGAGCAGUGAGCCGAGACAGUGACAGUAGAAAAGCAGGUAUAGUGUGUGGUAUCGUCAUUGCAGCUAGUGACUCGACAGCCCUGAGCUGCUAUGACAACACGUCCUGAUCCCCAGUGACUCCACAACCCGGCGAGAGGACACCAGCAGAGAUGAAGGUUGACGCGCUCCUCAAGGAACUGGAGGGGAAUCUCCCAAUAGCUGCCUUGAAUGAAUUCAAUACCGCAGUGGAGGAAAGUAGUGAGCCACAAGGCAUCAUCCAUGGCUUGCUCCUUGCCUCAAGGAGAUGUAAUGAAAUCCUGGAUCUUUUGCUGGCAGAGAAGCGAACCCAUGCAGAGUUAGCCACAAUUUUUACUACUCUUGGUCACAUAGUUUUAAAUAUUGCUGGUGAGCUAACUGAAUACAGUCAUGUUGGUCUUCACAUAACUCAACAGUUACUUCACAAUCAUGAAACAAGCAUCUACAAACUCACUGCAUCGACAAGUACCAACAGAGCUUUAAAGUCUGUACUUCGUUGUCUCACAGGAAUGGUUAUGAUUGGAGGAGAAGCUGCAAAUGAAGUAUUAUCUACAUUGGAUUGGGAAAAAAUCAAUAUUGGUGUCAUUGCACAUCGCCAGAGUCUGAAGGAUGUAUUUGAUGUUCGUUCUUGGUGUAUUUACCUAAUUUUGGCCUUCCUGAAUUCCUCUGAAGAACCUAAUCUCAUUAAGCAAUUUCUUCAUAAAAAAGACUUGCUGCCAGCCAUAUUUCCUGGUCUUGUUUGGGAUCCUUGUGAACGAGUCAUCAAUGUGUUAAAGAUUAUGCAUGAGUCAGUGCUGCUGAAUCGAAGUGUCACAAAGACCAUGAAGAUUGACAUUUUUACACCUUCAACAACCAAAUACCUUCUUGAGCUUUAUAAGUGGAUGGGGCCAGUUGGAAAACUUGCUAAAGGUGGGAAUCUUGAGGACUUAGAGAGUGACUUGGCUAAGGAAAUUUUGAAGGACAGAGCUCAGAUCAAAGAAGUUCUUCAUAAAUUUUUGUUAACUCUCUGCAGCUCAACUUCUCAUGGCAUUGUAUUUAAAGAAAAGGUUCAAGGAGGAUCAAUAAAAUCAAAUAAUUGGUGUGUCUAUAAAAUUUUGUCUAAUCUAAAGACACCAUGGGAAAGUCCAGAGGAGAGUGAAUUAAUGAGUUCUUUCUUGGGUAAGUGUCCUGACCUUCUCAAGACAUAUCUUCCCACUUUGAAAAGCUCUCUAAAGCCAAGACCAACAAGAGCUUUUGUUUCCCUUAUGGACAUGGUAACUCACAUCAUUGACAAUCAGACACCCUGGUUGAAAUUGGAAACACAUGGUCUUGAAGGAACAGUGGGAUGCAUCAUACCUCAGCCACUCAUACAUCCCUACAUCAAGUCUUUGUUGGAAUCAUGUGACAGCUUAGUCAGAUUUUCUGGCAUUAUGCUUGUGCUCACUAUGUUAUCCAAAACCAAGGAGACCAUUGAGAACAUAAAAAAUAGCAAGGAACUCUCACAGGAAGUAAAGCACCAUACUCAAGAAAAAGUCAUGAAAAUGGUCUUCAAGGUGUUAAAGCCAGAUCCCAUUAUUGGAUGUUGGGAAAUUGCUACACAUCAGAAAACAACUAAAAUCAGUAAAGAGGAAUUAUCUUCAGUUGAAAAUUUAGAGCAGCCACAUAAAAUCAGCGAGCUUCUAAAUAUUGCCAAAGUCCUGAGUCUGUAUAAUGAACUGCAGCCCAAAGAAGCCUUACAUGAGGUUGUGGAUCCAUUGAAGAUGCUGGGCAUCAUACAGAUGUUACCAACAAGUGAUGAUGACAGUUCAGAGAGGACUAAGGAAAAAUUAGAACUUCAAGUACUAUGUCUAGAACUUAUAGCUCAUAGCAAGCAAAGUCUGGAAAUUGUAGUUGACACUUCUGCAACUGUUGAUGAGUAUAAUGAGAAAAUUAAAGAAAAUAUCUUAUAUAGAUUGAUAAGUACAUAUGCUCAGUCUAGAAAGGCAACUGUAACAAAUAAAGAUGAAGAUCUCAAGGUUCUUUUAACUGAGAAAUGCUUCAGAAUUCUGUCAAAUGCUCUUGCUAAAGUAGGCUUACCUGCACAUUAUGAUGGAAGUGUUAAAUUUUGGUUAAGACACAUAACAAUUGAAAGAGAGGCAAAACUUACAUCUUUCUUAACCAGAAUAAUUCAGAAGACUGUGCAAUCCCUUCAUCACUACACAGAUGUUAUUAUCAAGAUCACGAGUCAGUUAAAGAAAAAUACCAGUGAGGAGAUGGAAAGUUCUUUUAUGGAUUCAUUUGAAAUUAUGGAAGUUGCAGAUAACCAAGAAGUUUCAAGCAUUUCAGUUUCUUUACCAUUUUCUCGAUUGGUUCUUGGUGCAGUUGACUUGCUUGAAGAAGAAUCAGAUCCAGACUAUAUUGAUUACUUUUCAAAAGUAAUUACUGAUUAUCAGUAUUCUGUGAAUGAUCCAGAAUUGCUGGCUGCUUUUCUUCUUCACAAUGAUAAGAUUAUGACACCAACAUUAGCUGACUAUUUGAGAGCCUGGUGCAGAGAAAGCACUGGCGAAUCACAAAAUAUUAAUGUCUUAGGAGAAAACCCAAGCCUUUCAGAAAUACUGAAAUACCUUUUUAUGACUAAUGAUGUGAUAUCUGUAGAAAAGUCAUUAGAUUUUGAAACUUUGACAGAAAUGAUAUCUGCAUCAGAUCUUGACUUGAUCAUCUCACAACUUCUCUUGUACAUACAUUUGAAAUCAGAUAUUAAGAAAAACAAGAAGAAAGUUCAGAAAAUAUAUGUGGAUCUUUUGAGACAGAUUUACUCAUUACUUGAGGGCAACAGUCCUGAUAAAGCCAAAUAUGUACUGCAGACUGUGCUGGAACAUCCCAGAAUAUUAAAAGCUUACAAACCAUUUUCCACAAAAAGCUCUCCAGUUACUGAAAUGACUCAGGAUUUUAUUGCAACUAUUUUAGAAAAGCAUCCAGAACUAGUCUCAAAAACAGUUCCCUACUUUCACAAUAUAAUGAAGGGUUUAGAAGUUCACCUCAGUAGAAAUGACAUUGUAAAUUAUUGGGACCCACUUUCACCUUUCAUUAUGUCAAUUCACACAGUUGUGAGCUAUGAAGCAGCUGAACAGAUGCUCACUACUUGCCUUAAAACUCCAUGUUCUACAUCUGAUACCUUAGAAAGCCUUUUGAUUGAGGUUCUAAAACUUAUUUUAAGAACAACAAGUGCCAAGAGGAAGUUAAAAGAAGAAUCUGUUGAACUCUUGUUCAGAAAGUUCUUUGAAUGGGGAAGGGUUAAGGAAGUAUCUGCCUCUCAAGAAGUUAUCUCUCAGCAUGCUGAAGCACUGCUGAUUCAAGUGUUGAGUCCUGCAACUAUUGAACAGCUUACUACAGGGGACUUAAAAUCUCUGCUUCAGCUCCAGCCACCAUGUCCAGAUCUAUGUUGCCAUAUAGUAAAGCAGCAUCCUCAGCACAGCCACACUCUUGCUAAGUAUCUUAAGAAGCAUGGAACUGUUUUGCCACAUCAGGCUCCUCUGUUAGCACAACUUUUAAAUCAGAGUGACAUUGCUGAGACUGCAACUGGAGCACUCAUUAAGGUUUUGAAUGAAAUAAAGAUGUGGGUCCUAGAUACUGAAGGUGAGGAAGAUGAAACACGUCAGCUACUUCCACACGUCUUCAGGAUGGAAUUAUUAGAUGAGGAGACUCUGACUGAUGUUUGCCACAAGCUUUAUGAAGAGAUAGUCAUCAAGAAGCAACCACCACCCAAGAAAUUGCUGUCUCUGUUACCAGUAUUUAAAGUGUUGUCAAAGUCUGGCCGUAAAGUAUCCCAAGCUGAUCUACCAGAAGAACAUUUAUCGGUGCUCCACAUCUGUCUGAGUUGCAUCAGGACUACUUAUCAAAAAGAAAACCAAUGGUCAGAUCUUUUGUUGAGUGUUGCUGGGCUAGUGAGUGAAGUUAUUCCAAAAAUAAAUGAGUCUUCACUUCAGAGCAGCCUUACCAGCAACAAACUUUGGUCCUCUUUUGUCAAGCAGGUCUUGCGCAUUGGAAUUAUUGAUCCCAAUUUAGGUCCUGACAUGAUACAGACCCUCAACCAGUUGUCUUCAGCUAUAUAUAAGAAGGAUAGAAACAAUAGAAACAAUGAAAAUGGAGAAAGUGUUCUUCCCAUAAAUACUCUCUACCAAAUGAUCAUUGGGCACUCUCAGUAUCUGACGCUCAUGUUCAAUCAAGAGGAGGAAUGGGAGAAACUGAAAGAAAAAGUGGUGUCACUGCAGCAGACACUUGUAGAUUGUGAAGAAACAGUGUGCCAGGAGAGCCAUGUGCCCAUCUUGCUUGGGGCAUAUGGAGCAUCAAUGUCAGUUCUGGAUCAACGAAUUCUAAAACUGCUAUUCACAUAUGAAAAGAAGGGUUUCAUGACCAGUUACCAACCAGUCUUGUGGGGCAAGGCUGCUAUUGUUCAUUUUGGUGUGAAAUCCCAAACCAUUGGCCUCUUCAGAGAUCCUAUGCCAGAACAAGUGCUAGGCUUAUUGAACAUGGACAGAAUUCUGCACACCUGUUAUAAUUUCAACACAAGGCUGCCUUUGGAGCCAACAGAUAUCUGCAAGGAGGACAAAACACUCUAUGAUGUUCGAUUUCUCCUGCCACUAAUGUUGUAUUUGGCUACAGAAGAAAGAUUAAGUGAAAUUGAUUAUGCAGAAUCUGGUGCAGUUGUUCUGGGCCUCAUAGCCCUUACAUCACAUCAGCAGCCUGUUUGGGGUGUGGGUGCUGCCAUUCUUAGACACAUGGUUGAUAAAAUGGAGAAAUCAAGACAUAAAAGAUUAAGUUUGCCAUGGUUUUGGAUGGUAGGAGUUGUCAGUUGUGCCUUGAAUGGGAAGAAGCGGCGCCUACCAGCAUUGACAACUCACUUCCUCAUCCAUGCAUCUCAGCUUCUAUCUCAGCCAGAGCAUCCUUUGUAUCACGUAGUUCUGAACUACGUUUUUCUGAAGCCUGAUUUCAAAUUGUACUUUGUUCCUGAAUUGUUCAGACUCUACAAUUCUGCACAUAUAACUGAUAGUAGAAAGCAUAGAUCAUUCCUGCUUUCCAUUCUCUCAUCUGGAAUUCGUCAGAUCAUUGACUACAAAAUUAGCCAGAGAAGCUUCACUGCAACCCUCAUGAUGGGGAUGCUUCAGGCCCCUUCGGCUGACACUGAGCUUAAGGUACAGGUUCUUGAAGUGCUGGAAGCAAUGGUGCGCAUUCCUCUUGGUGCUGUUGAGCUUGUGAGGCAGCAUAGUCUUUUAACUGUGCUGUCUGCAGUGUCAUCAGCUGAUGGCCAUGAUCUCCCAAGCAGCAAAUCCAGCCAUCUGCUGCUUCUAUCAAGUGUAGUGAAAGUUUUGAAUACUCUUUGGAAAACAGUGUUUGAGAGUACUACUAGGAAAGAUAUAAUAGCCAGUGACAUUCCUGAGGAACAGUUACUAGAACUAGAUGAUAGUCAUGCUGAAACGAAGACAAGUCCUGAAAUCAUUAUUUAUCAUCCUAAGAGAAUUAAACUUGAUUUAGAAAGUUAUUCAAGCCCAGAGAAUUCUGAUGCAGAUAUGGAUGAAGAAGAUGAAAAGUUGAAGGACUCAAAUGUUCCAUUGCAGAAAUUAUUACCUCCCUUAUUUAUUCAUGAGUACCUCAAUACUCUCAAGCUGCUUUUACCAGCUGUCAUCGCAAAUUCUCCACCAACUACCUUGGCAACAUAUCUGCAACUUGUGUCAGAAGUUGUGCUCUAUGUUGGAACAAUCGCAGAAUCAUCAAGUAAGAAACAGAGGAUACGCUUAGCAGCUCUGGCUCCAGAUACUAUGAAAGAACAGGUAUUUCAAAGGAUUCAAUGGAACAUUUUGCAUGAGCAUCUACAAGGAACCAUGAGUGAUGAUGAAGAGGUGAAGCUGCUUGGAACCAAAAGUAAAGACUUCUUAGAGAAAUGGAGAAGUGAGCCCCUCAGUAUCACUUUACAGAAAGUCAAACAUAGUCAACCUGAUGCUGAAAAUAGUCAUCAUGGCAUUAUUGAAAUGAAGGAGGCUGUUUUGAAGCUUUUAAAUGUAUUAGGAAGAUAAUUAAAGAGAAGCAAAGAUAAUGAGAUAUGUAGGUGGAUGACAUAUUAGUAUUGUUUCCUUUCAUACUAAAGCUCUUGUUCACCUUACAGAAAAUAGUGUAUGUGUGUGUGCAUAUGUGUGCAUUCCAGCAGUUACUGUGAAGGAAACCUUGGAGCUCAUAUAGUGCACUGUGUCUGGGGAGUGCUGUAUGUUUAUAACUGUGAUGUUUCUCCAUUGUUAGGUCAUUAUGUACAAAAUGUACUCUACAUUAAGGUGCAAUUAAAUAUUUGCAUUUUC